CAGUUGCGUCCCUGUACGUGUCGUCGCGACGCCGGCUGGCAGUGUGUCGCCGACUGGCGUCACGGCGCCGUUCGCCGUCGGUUCGUUCGUUCGUUUUUAAAUCGUCGUGAAUCCUCGUAUCGCGCGUGCAACAAUAAUCCGUCGCAUGUGCACACGCGCCAUCGGUCGCUGUAUCAACCCCGAAACUCGCUGCGACCCCUUUGCAAUCGGCCGAAUGAAGAGUUGAAAACAACAAAAACAAAGUGUUCUUCCGAUUUUGGUGAGCUGCGGCUUGUUCCUUUUUAGUGUACCGACCGGAAGUGAAAGUUCCGUUUGCCGGUUGGACCGUGUUUAAUUAUCGAUCACAGGACAGGGUACACGCACGUAGGUACUUGCACGCACGCACACGCGCGCGCAGUUACACACGCGUCUACCGGAGGAGGGUGGUCGAAGGAGCGGGUCACUUUGGUGAGUCUCCGAGCGAGUGUUAUCGCGACCAGUGACGUCACGCUGUAUCAUCUUGACGGCGGAUCGGGAGAGGAUGGUGUCCAGGCAGCGACGGGGGUUCACCGAUCGCGAGCGAGCCCGGAAGCCGGGUCAUUGAUCCGAAAGCCGAACGCGCCCGAGGAACAGUCAGCGAAGAAGAAAACGAAGAAACAGAAGAACGAAGCGAGGGAAAGAGGAGAGCAUUGUGUGUGAUUGAUCCGUGAAAUUGUACAGUGCGGAUUUUCGGUAACAAUAAUGUUGCCGCCGAUUUUGAACAACAUUAACAGUGACAUACUGACGCUGUACACGAAUCCUGGGAACGGUCGGAGCGUGGCCACUCGAGCGACGAGGGGCCGGUACGCGGAAAUUGGCGUGAAAAGGAGCGAUGUCUUCCUGGAACCGUACCUGCAGCAGCACGGAACCGUUCAGGUUGUCAGCUCGCCGAGCACGCCUCCGCCAAAUCCGCUGCAACAUCAUCAGCUUACGCAGCUACAUCAUGUACAGAGCGAGGAGUCGCUAUCCUCGGAGGGCUCGGCGACCUCGGGUGGAUCUUCGAGCUCCACGGAAGAUUCUGGCAGCGAGGUCGCCUGCGACAUCACUCUGAUCGAGAGGCUUAUUCGGUCCCAUCCGAUCUGGUUCCUCCCUGGCAUCCAAAGGGCCGGCGCUUUCCACUUGUUGCAAGGCAAAGAGGAAGGGAACUUCGUCGUUCGGCAGUCGAGUCAAAGCGACACAAUGGCCCUCUCCGUGAGACUGCCGCCAGGAAAGGGACCGUACAUCGAGCACUACUUGAUCCAAGCCAACAAGGGGAAGCUGAGCUUGGAGACCAGCGAGAACAGGUUCGACAACAUCCCCUCGUUGAUCGCCCACUAUUCUCAGUGCUGCAGUGACGAAUUGCCGGUCCAAUUGACACUGCCAAGGGCGAUGCGAGAGGCCAAGAAUAGGCAGCAGCUGUCCUCUCUGGCGCUUCUGGGCCAAGAGUUCUGGAGAUACCCGAUGGCGAACCCGAAGCCGCCGGAAAGCAGCAGCAGCAACACGUCGAGCUUGAGCAGCUUCCGUGGCGGUAACAAUAAUCAUAGCAAUAACAACAACAUCCACACACCAACCACAGAGAGUAUAGUACUGAACCUCGCACCGAUAUCAUCGCACGAUACACGAAGCACAUCGCCGACGACGGCGAUUACAACGUCAACGUUCGCGUCCUCGUUGCCCCGGCAGCCGCGCCCGACGCCCCCGAACACAUUGAACCUGACGACGUUCAAUGAACCGUUGGACGUGAAGAAGAUAUCGCCCAACGAGAAGCUGUCGCAAAAGCUGAUCUCGCCGAACCUGGUGCAAAGCGUGCGUUGUCCAUCCCCGGUGGUCCACAACGUGGAGAGCAAUGUGCUGAGCCCUGUCCAGGACGCGAAGAUCGGCUUCGAGUCGAAGAACAUGGCGGAAACGUCUAAGUCGACGAUAGUCGAGCUGUCCAGGACCAGAUUCUCGUCGAUGAACGUAGCCACGUCCAAUUUCCAUCAGAACGUCUCCACGUUCAACAAUCUCUCCUGCACGAACUCACCGGUGCUGCCUGAGAUCAGAAACAUCAUCAGCGAGAACCACAUGAUCGGCCAGAACGUAAAGACACCACCGCCUCCGCCGCCGAGAUGGGCCAAACCGGGACUAGGACACACGCAGAACAACUUCGCGGUUACCGCCACGGUCACUUUCAACGUGAACCAAACGACUGAUAUCUGCAGUUCACAGAACACACCGUCGGACCCCAACACGUCGCUGCUGAGCCCGCAGAGCGCAACGUCGAACAAGUCCCUGACAUCGAACUUCUCCGUGAAAUCUCCGUUGUCUCCGAACACGCCGGUCCUCUCGCCGAUGUCGAAGCUAGUCCCGAACCCCGGCGGCAAGACGCCGAACGUUCUCUCGCCGACGACCCCGUCCAGCACCAGCAAAUCGAAACGAAGACGGGACCGCGAGGCGCGCAAGAACUCCCAGCACUACCAGGAGUCGGACAUACUGGAGUCUUACUAUCGCAGCUCGCCGGGCGACAAGAUCUCCGACUACGAGGACAUAUGGAACACGACCGACCAAUCGAACCAAUCGACCUGGUCGCCGAACGACAAGCUCCCGAGGAGCGAGGCACCGCCUAAUCCUCAGGAGCGGCUGAGAAAUUCGAACGACCGGCUGAUGAUGGCGCAAGACAGGCCGUCGAAUCCGGCCGAGAGGAGCUACAACGACAGAUUGACCACGAACGAGCUGAUCGUCAGGAACGACAGGAUGAUACUGAGGAACGACAAGUCGAUGGGCAACGAGAAACUCAGCUACAAGGAGAUGACCAGCCCAGAGUUCAGCAGCUUCAAGCCUGUCCUGGACGCGAAGCCCAGCGAACAUGGGAAUGGCUCGCCUGAGGAGACUGGCAUGGGGAGGAGACCUGAUCUUUUGUCUCGAGUUUGCAGCGCGAAUUCGUUGAACAGUCCGAGCACGAUCACGCCUCCCAGGAACAAGCUGGGACUGAUGCUGGCCAAGUCGGAGAGCAACAGUCCUCUAACACCCGAGUCGAAGCAGGGCAGCCCAUUCUACGCGGAGCCAGCGGAUGCCAUCGCGCAGAGCGCAGCGAUAAUACCAAGAAGACGAGCCAGGAACAAUCCAGCGACGAACAAGUACCGGCACAGCGAACCUGGCUGGCUGCAGACACCGGUUGGCGUGAACGCGAAUCAGCUGCACCCGAUUGACUGGGAGGAGACGGAGGAGACAGAAGACAAGACGCCUCUGAUAUCCUCCUCCGUGGACAACUUAGCCAAGCGACUCGGCACCAAGGACGUCAAGAAAAUCCCCCGAGCCAAACCUGUGCAACCACCAAAGAUCAGGACCAAGGUGUUCAACGACACCUCCUGGGCUGUAGACUCCAGCUGGGAAUUCAUUGGUAACGAGGGAGACGACUGCGAGCCAGACUACGACUGUGAUGCGGAUUAUGAGGCCGAUAAUGUGGCCAGAACGUUUCCGGACGAGGAGUGCGACAGGGACGUUGUUGGGAACACUUUGACCGUUCAGAGUAUCAUUCUCCAACGGUACCCAGAGCUGUUGAAACCACCGGACACGUCGGAGUCGCUGUACAGUGACAGAAACUCCUCGUAUGACAACGUUGAGAAGAGGAACGAGAGGGAGGACGUAGAGGACACCAGGAAAGACCAAGCCUACGACUCCUCCGAGUGGGAAACGCCGCUGGAGACGGACGAGAGCGACGUGGAGAGGAUGAACAAGAGCAAGAACAUCAAGGAGCGGCUGGACUCCCUCCUUUCUCCGCCAAGAUUACAAGCCCUCAAGAACCGCGACAAUGGCGGCACCGGGUCCACGAUCAGAUUGUACGCCCUCCAGCUGGCCGCGGACAAGACGACCACCUUCUCCCAGAACAUCGACAAUUUCAUCCAGUGCACGAAGGAAGGCAAAGAGGCCAGCCCACACGUGGUCAUGAGGAACAUGCGGCAGUUCAUGUCCGGGAUGAAGAACUAUCUGGUGAAGCACGGCGAGAGGGAGUUCGAGAAGGAAGUGGAAAAGGAAAGGCUGAAACUGAAGCCGAACGAGUUUCUUAACCUGGACGCUAUCUUGGAGGGAGUAAUGAUGGGCCUGGUGGUCAGGCCGCUCAGGGAACACGUCUACAGACUGUUCGUCGAGCAUUACGCGACCACCGGGUCCCUGCAGACCCUGGCCGAGAGCAUCCAGCACGCCCAGGGGAAACACGUACAGGAUCUCGGUGUUCGACCAAAGAUCAUACCCCCAUCAGACUCGAAUCUGGACCGUAUUCUCAAGUACAUAGACAGACUCCAGAAAGCCGAUUCGCCGCUGGAUAAGCUGGAGAACCUGCUAGCAGCCAUUUCUGCCAUCUUCAAUUCGGUGAAGCAUGCAAAUUCAGGAAGACACGUGACCUUGGGAGCAGACGACCUUUUACCUCUUCUCGUCUGGGUCCUGGUACGGGGUAAAGUCGUGGAUGCCGAAGUGGAGGCGGAAUACAUGUGGGGUCUUCUUCAUCCUUCUCUUCUCACCGGCGAAGGUGGAUACUACUUGACGACGCUGUCCAGCGCGGUGCACGUAUUGAAGACGUUCAAGUCUAGCCAGGGAACCAUGUCCACGUUAAACGGCUGUGGAACACCGGACUGUUCAUCCGUACUACGAAUCUUAGUGCCAGAUGAACUACACGGAUCCCUGAACACCAGAACGCUCCCGGUACGACCUAACAUGAACACCAGGGAGAUCUGUCGCAUCCUCGCGCAUAAGAUAAGGUGUACCAACCCUCAGGACUACGGUCUCUUCAAGUUAGUCCAAGGGGAAGGCAAGUAUUCAGAAACCUUACUGGGUGAUCACGAAUGCCCCCAAGAGCUCUCUCACUGCCUUUUCGCGUACAAGCGGAUCGAUGCCAAGAUUGCCUGGCCAAGGACCAGUUCUUAAUGGACCCCGCGAUAAGAAGUCACUUAGGGUAAACCAUGUCCGUUCCGUUUCUGCACCGUUCGUCAAGAUUCCUCGAAUGGUGCGCAACGGUUGAUCCAUGUAGCUUCGAAACAGAUUCGAAGGAACGAUUCUCAGUAGUCAUUCUAACACAAUCUCGAGCACAAAUCCGUAACUCUGUCUUAGACAUCGAACACUGCCAGUCGUAGACAAUUGUCGAACGAGAAACGAACGAAUUUCUGUCGCGUAUGAUUCCAGUACUUAAAAGUGGCCGAAGCUUCAACGGUGAAAAUUAAUUCUAGCACUGAACCCGGGACUGUAUUAUACGUUCAGUGUGUCGUCUGGCCGCUUUCCGUUCGAACUUUCCAAAUUCCAAACGAUCUUCUUCGACCACGUGCGAAGAAACGAAAGGUUUCCCGUGGAAAACAUUCGACAUGGCUAAACGAUCGUUCAUCGUGUCAGAUUAGCGGAACACGAGCUCCAUUAACAUUCAGUCGGAUUUAACUUGCCACCGAGCAGGUGCUAAUGUCGGCUCGGCCCAUCCGUGCAAUCGGUUCGUUCCAUCGGCGAUUGAAAUAGUUUCGAAACCCGUUCCCCGCGAUUGGUGUGUAAGGAAAAUCGUAUGUUACUCAGUAUUCGAUAUUUCGUGAAACUCUGGAGACGCUGCUCUGAUCCAUUCCGGUGGGGCAGAGCAAGGUUCGAAUCGAGGAAUCCACGACUCUUCUGGAUCCUCGCUCCAGAAGAAUUGUAGAUGUCCUCGAGGCCAACUUUGCAAGGAAUUAUUCUACGUUUUCUACAGGAUAAGCGACUGGAAUGGAAUACCUGAACGUUUCCGUUCUAUAAUUUGUUUUUCUCAUUUCUUCCCUUUUUGCACAUAAAACUUAUCUUCUUUAUAUAAACGUAGAAGUUUUUAAAUAACUGAGAUAAUGUUUUGAACAUUGAAAAACAAGUGUUCAAAACGCCGACCCUCUUAAUGAGAAAAUUCUAUUGUUGCCAAAAACUGAAAAAAAAGGAUCUAAGAAAAUGUAAUUUUUAUUCUUCCCGAUUCUUCUAAAAGUAACCGACCGAGAUCCUUCGAAAAGACAGAAACAUUCGGGUGGUCCUUUCCAGAUGACUCGCGCCUAAGGAAGCAUGAUCGCGUUAAAUCGGUAGGAGACUCCUUGAUACAAAUUAAUUAGACUCGGAGCACGAAAGACUAGUUUAGACUCUAUUUUAAGUACUUUGUACGAGGACGUGGCGAAUUACUGGAUAAGCAAUCUGUACUUUUAAGGCGGACGUCGCAUAUUUAUUGGAAGUUGUACACAUAUUUUAAUAUUUGUCGGACGUUUCUCCUUGCGCGCGUGUCGCUUCAUCCUUUUCCCCUUACCCCCUGUACUUCCUCCGCUCCCGGUUCUCCAGGGAGUUUUUUUUGCCAGGCUGAUUUGGCGCCUCAAUCUUUUAAAGGCUGUGGAAUAUUCUCCGACGAUCGUGGGAAGCUUGAUUUAGAAAAAGAGAGAAAAAAGGAGAAAAAGAGAGGGAGAUAGAGAAAGAACAACGAGAAUGCUUUCAAUUAAAAUAAAAACGAGAAGCAAUCAAUAAAGAAAACGAGAAAGUGAGUGAGAGAAAGAGAGAAAGAGAGGAAGAGAGAAAGAGAGAAAGAAAGAAAGAAAGAAAGAGAG